UGGACUAAUCUGAAGAUUGUGUACACACUGAAUGAGCAUUCAAAGAGAACUUUGUCAAAACUUGCAUGGAAGCUGAGGCUGAAAAGCUGAGCACUAUCGGACAGCAUUCCUUUGUGCUGGAUACCAACCCUGUCUGUUGGUUUCUCUGUCCGAGCAGUGGGAGGUGCAUGGAAGCCCAGCCCACCGAAACCUAACGUAGUCAACACAGCGGUGUUAUGCCCCGAGCGUGAGCAUGACAGCCGAGCGGGGCUGUUAUAUAAUCCCGAGUUCAUCGACCACAGCACCCAGUAGUGGACUCUGGCACCGCGGUUAACUUGGUGGCGCUGGACCCACCUCGCCUCUAAACUGUUGCGCACCUCAGGCAGAACCUCCGCCGGUGACAGCUCGCCAUGAGCUCGCGCGUUAACGCCUCGUAUUUUCCUCAAGCCGAGCGGGUGGCUAUCUUCGGCGGCACGCACGGGAACGAGAUGUCGGGCGUCACGCUGGUCAAUAUGUGGAUAAAGAACCGCGCGGAAAUCGAGAGGAGCGGAGUGGCCGUCAGGGCGUUCAUAACAAACCCCAGAGCCGUGGAGAAGUGCUCGAGAUACAUCGACACGGACCUGAACAGAGCCUUCACUCCGGAAAACCUCAGACCUUUCCACAGCACUGCCAGUGGAGAUGGGCUUCCAUAUGAAGUUCAGAGAGCCAAGGAAGUUAAUCAGAUCUUUGGGCCCAAGGGUAGCCCAGACGCCUACGAUGUCAUCUUUGACCUCCACAACACCACAUCUAACAUGGGCUCCACCCUCAUCUUGGAGAGCUCCACAGACUACUUCAACCUUCAGAUGGUGCAUUACAUCAAAAAAGCAAUUGCUCCAGAGAGCUGCAUGGUACUGCUGAACGAGCAUCCUCAUCUCAAGUAUGCGACCACCCGCUCGGUGGCCAAACAUCCUGUAGGUCUUGAAGUGGGUCCUCAGCCUCAAGGUGUUUUGAGAAGCAAUAUCUUCGAGUCCAUGCGGGCGAUAAUGAAGCACGCUCUGGACUUCAUCGAGCUGUUUAAUAGCGGUGUGGAGUUUCCAGCAUGCUCUGUAGAAGUGUUCAGGGUGCAUGAAAGAGUGGACUACCCCAGGGACACCAACGGCAACAUCACUGCUAUGGUUCAUCCACACCUACAGGACUGUGACUGGGAGCCAUUAAACCCGGGUGAUCCAAUGUUCCAAACGUUCGAUGGCAGGACUAUCCCAUAUGAAGGUGCCAGUCCAGUGUACCCCACGUUUAUUAACGAAGCUGCUUACUACGAGAAACAACAGGCCUGCAUCACCACCCGCAGGGAAACGCUAGCUGCCAACGCCAUUAGAAAAAUCUCCAAAUAGCUGCUCCAGCUUCCAGUUUCACCAGCGUUUCACCUUUUUACAUACAUCCUUACCUUGGUUAGAAACUUGGUUAGAUAUAUUCUCUCCACAAACAGAUAACAAAUGUAUUGUAUUUCUCAGUUAUUUUAUUAUUCAGACUGAUGUAGGUCUAGUUCACUGAAAAAUGACCUAUUUGCAAUACAAAGGAACAUCAUUUUUUUUAGGUUUGUUUUGUUACAGCUAACAUUUUUUAAAAAGCGAGCGACCAUUUCUUUUCAUGGAAUACUGGACUACAGAAUACAUUUACAUACAUCUAUAUUUAUAGUCAUCGAUUUUAAAGACUGAUGAAUUUAUGCACGUUUAAGUCUGUGUUCUUGUAUUUUAUUUACCAGACUAAACCUCAGGAACACAGAAAACUACAAAUAUCUCACUUGACUUUCCAGCCAUUGUAUUGUGUAGUCUCUUAACACCUCCCAGCUGGAAGUCUCUCUUCUGGAGGAGGUGAGAGGACGUUUAAAACUAGAGGGAUUGCGCUCCUUCUGUUCCAGUUUGAGCUUGUUUUGUUUUCAUGUACCAUAACUUCCUAAGCUGUGGUCCUUUCCCUUGUGAUUCAGUUCAAAUGCACAUAUCAACCUGAAACCGCCUUAAAAUUAGCAACCACAAGAAAACCUCUCAAGAUAUCUGUGUAAGACAAGCUAAGCUAUGUGUCAACAUCUUUAAACCAUAGGCUUAUUAUUCAGUUAUUAAUGUGAAGGUACCCAAUAUGUACGAAUUUUUUAGUAACCAAUAUAUGAAAUGAAUAUUUAUCGUUAUGAGAGUGAUGAGUAGAAGAUAUUUUAAAGGUUUUGAACCUGAUUUCUGUCUGCUGCCUCUGUAAUGCAUGGUGGAUUAACACAAAUAAUUAUUUUAGUACAGUGCACUUUACUUAAUAUGUGAACAGAAAGCCUGUUGACUCAAAAAGGCACUUUGCGCUCCUGCCCAGUGGCUUCAAUUGUAAGUGGUUUUCAUGUCUUGUGGCUUUCGUGUUCUUUUCUAAGUACAGGGAUAUUAUCAUCUGUAGUGAAGAACUGUACACUGCAGAUGGGAAUGAGGUGCAAAAAUGCUUGAGUAUUUCUAUGAGGGAUUAAGGGUUAAAGGGGAAUUCCAUCAGUUGUUUUCAAAAUUUCUGCAUAAUUGUACCCGUAAGAUGAAAACAAACUAAUUCAGUGUAGUUUGGUGUGAAAUGCUCUGUACGAGACAAAACGUACAGAGUAAAAACUGUUGACAAUGGUGAUGAUGGGAACCAGACAUCCAAAGAGUUCUGUAAAAGCUGCACUAUCAGGAAAAAAGAUACUAUACUGUCACUAGGGUGGUACGUUUUCUGUACCUGUAGUAGGGGAAAAUAAUUCCACUCUAUAUACCCUGGCUUGACUACAGGAUUUGUGAUUUAUUUUUCUGUUAUUAAAAUAUUAGGUUAUGAAAAGAUACAAAUGCAUACUUUUCCCAUGGGAAAACCUACACAGUUGGACUUUAAUACCACCAUUUAAUACCACCAGUACAUUUACAUUGUUUACACCUUAAUGAACAAAAUGUACCUUUUUCCUGACAGUGAAUUUUAAGGUUGAUAUGACAUAAUUAUGAAUACAUUGCGUAUUAUCUCAGACAUUGUUUUACAAUAGUUUUAAGAUGAAAUUUUGGCCUAAAACAGAUUUUUAAAAUCAUGUCAUUGCAGCCAGGUACAUGCAAGGCAAAACAGCAGCCAAAGAAAGCUUAUUAUUACCAUUAUCAACAUUACGUUCCGUCACUGUUGAAACAAAACCUCCAACAUGAGACAGAAAAACAUUCCUAACUUCCAGUGUAAGUCAAUGCAACAAGAUUUCAUAGAUUUUGGAACAUUUCUGCUGGUCCAUUCAGCAUGAAAUUUUGAUGCAAUUAAUUUUAAAAUAUAUUAAAAAACAUAAGCAACAAAAAUUGGGAUACAGGGUUUUGUUCUGACAGCGACGAUAUAAAGACUUAGGACAUAACGGUUCACUCAUUGGUUUGGAUAGUGAAUAAAAUGUCUGUUGUAGGUGUGCAGACAUCACAAUCCCUCGUCACUCAGUGUUAUUGUAAAGAAACCUGAAUUGAAUCAGUUUCGUGACAGUGACCAGUUCACAUUAAAAUAAAACUCUGCAUGACUGUUUACAUCUCAAUGAAUUAAUUAUCCAGAAAUUGUGAAAAGUCACUAAAAUUCUCCUUGAAGAAUCACCCUGAGAAAGUUCUCUACCUGUACUGUUUGUGCACAUCUGCAUCAAGGAAACUGCAUUUUCUAAUCUGUCCCUAAGAGCCCACUCUGUAUGGUGCAGGCCUAUCUUUUAUGUUCACAAGGAAAAUAACUAUGUGCAUUUUUUUGUCUUUGUUGUGAUCCAUUGUCUCUUUUGGGACUGCCUAAAACAGGGAACCAUCUUCCAGGUUUGAGUUGACUGGUGCUGUCCUGCCGUUGCCUUAAGAACACGCUGUGAUUGGAUAAGUUUUGGUCAGACUAGUAAAAAUGGAAAAAAUUGAUAUGUACAGUUCAACCAUUUGGUGUCUCGUAGGAACAGAAGGAACAAAUGCAAAUGCUCCUUUGAUCGUAUUGUGGUCUUGUUAUCAUGUGAUAAAAUAUAUACCUUGUGCUUCAGCGCUCCACAGAACCUGAAAGAAGGGUUGACUUCAGUUGUUUGUGCUCAUUGUGGGAAAUUGUGUGAUCUUGCCACUGUGAUAAAUUGCCUGUUUUUACAAGACCUCAAAAUCCCUUUAGUGUUUCAUAUUUUAUAAUGACAGAUUUUUAACCACAUAGCUCUAUAUGAUCAUACUGACCUAUGCAAAGAAUAUUGUUUUUUCUUUAUGUGGCACAUAAUGUCUGUCUCUAGGUGCAUUCUGAAGUGUAGUGCUUAGCGCUCCUGGACAAUCAAGUUAAACCAUGUUAAAUGUUAAAUAUAUAUGAUGUAUUAAAUGUAAUAUUUGAUGAUUCUAUAUUUGUAAGAUACAAAUUGUUAGUCCAAUUUUUAUUACAUUGAUUAAUUAUAAGUAAAUCAUUUGCAAUAAACUUGUAUCAGCUGUCUG